AUGCCCAACGCGAAGCGGCUCAAAAACAGCGCCGCUGCGAAGGCCAAGGCACCCGUCCAUCACGAAGAGCCUACUGGUGAGCGCCCGACACCUGCAGAGGUCGAGGAGGAGGAGCACCAAUUCGUGCGGGUUGCGCGGGCGCACUGGUUAAAGACUACAAAGAAGAAGAUCAAGGUCAAGGUCAAGAAUGACGUACUCAAGCAAAGCAUCUGGGAGGUUCUCGAGCGAGACGGCUUCCAGCACAAGUCGUUGCUUCUCUUGGAAAGCUUGCAGACCUUGGAAAGCUAUUUAUGGCCGGGCUACACAGAAGAAGCGUCCAAUGUGCACGUCUUGUUGAUGGCGCUCAUCAUCAACGUCAAGCGCAGAGAGCAUCUUGAGACUUGGACUCUAUUUGAACAACAACCCGAAGAGUUCUCCUCCUUCUUCCGCCGAGUGUUGUCUCUGACGCUCGAUCGAACCCUUACGACGACCAUCCGAACAAAUUUGCUCUGUUUCUUGAUUCAUGCCUUCCAGACUCUGGACUCUGGCAUUGUGAGAAGGGAGUGCGCGCCGCUUGUUUCUAUUGGUAUCUGGCACAAUAUUUCGACAGAUCAGGAACGGGACCGGCUUCUGAAUCAGACUACACAGCUGAGGAAAUCUUGGAGAGCUGCCCAGAAGCGCUUCGACGCGGGAGACGAUGCGAUCAAAGCUCAGCAAGAUCUAUACUGCGAACGAUUUAUCGAGUUUGUGACGGAUUUACAGAGCCAACUACCGACGAGACGAUACUUCAAUGCCCUGCAAAAUGAUCUAAACCUUCUUCCAGCGAUCAGGCUAUCUCCCAUGUAUAACGACGAAGCAAAUGGUCUCUUCCGCGAUCUCCAAGCUCUGCUUACUCACUUUACAUAUUUCUCGAUUGACGAUCAGACUGGUGCUCAGCUUACUCGUGAAGAAGCCUACGAAAGGCAUUGCAAGGCACUUGGAAAGCUUCAACGCACUGCUCUCAAGUAUUUCAAGGAGAAGCUCACUGUUCUUGCCCUGUCCAACUAUGGCUCUAUCGAUAGGCGCGAGGAGCUAAGCACUCUUCUUCAAACUCUGACGGAUGACGAGGUUGCGUCUCUCGCUGGGUAUCUGGGUAUCAGAACGAAGUACCCAGAGGACCUCAAGUUACCCGCAGGUCGCCAACUACAAAUAGAGUGCAUGCUCAGCACCUUUGAGCGGAAGAAGACGUUUCAAGAGCUUGCUCAGACCAUGUCGAUCGUCCCUACGGAGAAGACCUUGUUCGAUGCAAGCUUCCAAAGAGCAGAUUCAUAUGACGGAUCGCACCCACUGGCACUACCCAAACUAAAUUUGCAAUACUUGUCUGCUGGAGACUUCCUCUGGAGAGCCCUUAUUCUAUACCGCUGUGAGUCGUUCUAUGGUAUCCGGAGAGAUAUCGAGACGGCAAUCCGCCGGCUUCAGCCAGAGAGCAAGAAGCCCGGGGAGACACACUUUGCUGGUGUCUCUAAGAUGGCCCUACCAAUUUCUAAGCCAGCUAUCAUCGAUGUUGUUCCUGCGCUGAUUGGCGAUUCAAAGCCCUCCAUGGUCAAGGCCGAAGUCUCGUUUGAUGUGCGAAAACUUGGUGAUCAUGUCCGCAAGGAGUGGGAUUCUCUCCGCCCGGAUGAUGUGGUAUUUUUGCUGUCAGUUGAACCGCCGGCAGACGAUGCUAUCACAAAUGGAUUCUCCCCGAGCGAAUUGGAAAGAAUAGGUGUAUCGUCAGUACGUGCUGCCGAAGUCAUUCGCGUCACAGAUGACAAGGGACGUCAUGGAAAGGAGCCUAGGAGCCGUGAUGGCAAGCGUCGUAUUGAGCUGAAGCUUGACUCGCAAACGUAUGCAAAGGAUGCCGCUCUGGCAGCUGCAGGCAAAAGAGACGUAUACGGCAGCGUGAACCUGCUACUGAGAAGAGGCCGUCGCGAAAACAAUUUCAAGCCAGUUCUUGAAUCUAUCCGAGACCUCGUUCUCUCCGAUGCGCCUCUACCCAGCUGGCUUCAUGAGGUGUUCCUGGGUUACGGUGAUCCAGCCGGCGCAAGCUACAAGAAUCUACCGAACCGAAUUAAGACCGUCGAUUACAACGAUACGUUUUUAGAGUGGCAACAUCUUAUUGAGAGUCUGCCAGGCAAGACCUUGGAGCCAAGCGAUGAUGUGAGCGGUAGUUUCGGUCCACCUUACGUUUUGGAAACCCUGGACAAACCUGAAGUCCAAGUGCCAGUCAAGGCCUCGAAGAAGAGGCGCAGGGACGCUGAGCCGGAGACGGCAGCGGAAAUAGAGGCACUGAAAGUCACCACGUACAAGCCACCAAACCAAGGUCCGUACCCAGUCGAUGCGCCCAAACUCAACUCUGUUCGCUUCACGCCGGCGCAGGUUGAGGCUAUCAUGUCCGGCUCCCAACCCGGCCUAACGGUUGUGGUUGGGCCUCCAGGAACUGGUAAAACCGAUGUGGCGACUCAGAUCAUUCACAAUAUCUACCAUAACUUCCCCAAACAGAAGACGCUCCUGAUUGCGCACAGCAACCAGGCGUUGAAUCAGCUCUUCGCCAAGAUUAUCGCACUCGAUAUCGAUGAAAGACACUUACUUCGACUUGGUCACGGCGAAGAGGAGCUUGCUGCUGAGGGAAGUUUUAGCAAGCAUGGUCGUGUUGACUCUUUCCUUGACAACCGCGCCCGCUUCUUGUUUGAGGUCAGGAAGCUAGCCAGCAGCCUAGGCGCUCCCGGUGCUCACGACAACUCUGCUGAGACGGCGGGAUACUUUAACACGGUCUACAUCCAGCCAGCCUGGAAAAGUUUUCAGCAGGUUCUCGCCGCGGAUGAAUCGUCGGUGGCGCAGAUCAUCGAAGCAUUCCCUUUCCACAGCUAUUUUGCAGAUGCGCCCCAGCCCCUCUUGCCGCCAGAAGCGGAGCGUGCUCAGAUCAUUGACAUUGCUGAAGGCUGCUAUAGGCACAUUGAGAAAAUAUUUUCUGAACUGGCUGACAUUCUACCCUUUGAAAUCUUGCGACGAGAGCGGGACAAGGCCAAUUAUCUACUGACGAGCGAAGCGCGAAUCGUCGCCAUGACUACUACACAUGCUGCCAUCAGGAGGGGAGAGAUUGCUGCUCUUGGUUUCCGCUAUGACAACGUUGUGAUGGAAGAGGCUGCUCAAAUCACAGAGAUUGAGACUUUUAUCCCGUUGGCAAUGCAGAGGCCGGUCGAUGGUGACGUACCUCUGCAAAGAGUUGUGCUGUGUGGUGACCACUUUCAGAACUCGCCUGUAAUCCAGAGCCUUGCGUUCCGACACUAUGCCAACCUGGAGCAGUCGCUGUUCUUGCGGUUCGUUAGACUGGGUGUACCGACAAUUUCGCUCGAUCAGCAGGGCCGUGCCCGCCCAUCUAUUGCUCGUCUGUACCAGUGGCGCUACCCCAAGCUGGAUAACCUACCUGGCCUGAGUACCAAGGCGGAAUUCCAGCAAGCCAAUGCUGGCUUCAAAUUCGAUUUCCAGUUUAUCAAUGUACCCAAGUACAAGGGCAAGGGCGAGAUGGAGCCGACGCCGCACUUUAUUCAGAACUUGGGCGAGGCAGAGUAUGCUGUUGCCAUUUACCAGUACAUGAGGCUUCUUGGAUAUCCAGCCGACAAGAUCAGCAUUCUCACGACAUAUGCUGGACAGAGAGCACUUGUUAGGGAUGUGCUGUCACAUCGUUGCGCGAGAAACCCAAUCUUUGGUAUGCCCAAGGCUGUUGCUACGGUGGACAAGUACCAGGGAGAGCAGAACGACUACAUUAUUCUUUCUCUAACUCGUACAUCACGAGUCGGAUACCUGCGUGAUGUGCGUCGCAUGACUGUUGCCAUGUCGCGUGCCCGUCUCGGUCUGUACAUUCUCGGACGCCGUGAAGUAUUCGAGGCAUGCCACGAGCUGCGCCCUGCCUUUGAUAUUCUCUUGGCACGUCCCGACAAGCUGAUGCUCGUGACGGGGGAGCUGUGGCCCACGCAGCGUCCCGUAAUUGCCGCAGAAGACGACGGUUCCAUUCCGGUCGUUAAUGAGGUUAUCAUGGACGGCGUUGAGCAUCUGGGCCAAUACGUGUUUGAGAUGACGAGCACCAGGACGAAGCAGCUGGAGUUGGAGAAUAGAAUGGUGGAUGUGGUAGAGACGAUUGCGGAAGAGAGGCUUGGUGAGGGUGAUGAGGGAGAGGCUGAGGAGCAGCAGACAACGUACUACGACGGUGUAGUUGAGCCAGACAUCCAAGAGGUUCGCGAGGGUGAAGCGAGCUAA